AUAAAAGAGUCAAUUGAAAACUAUUAGAAUGGCAUUCAAUGACUUUUAGAACUACCUGACAGUUAGAUUUAACAUGUCGUCUAAUUCAGUUAUUAAAAGCGUUGCAAAGAAAUUAAAAUAUUAUUUUGAAGUGAAAAGAUUGGAAGAUGGUUUUGAUUUGUCAGAUGUUCAUCAGCCCCAGUUGAUGCACCCACCUUUAAAAACUCUGCCUGCCCAUCAGUAUAACAUGCGACACGAUAGAGCGCUCAAGCAUUACUUCAGUGAGCCUGAAGUUCGAAUCCAACUCACGCAUUUGAAUUCUAAAAAUGCUAAGGGAAAUCUUAGCACUAAACGAGAGCAACAGGUCAGGAAGAUGCUGGACAGUUACAUGAAACAGUAUUCAUUUCAGAAAAGUGCCCCACCAAGCUGCUAUCAUUACCACAGAUCUAAGGGCUGUACUCAUCCUACAGAAACCUCGGGAAUUCUUCAUAGAAGAAAGAAAAAAAGAAACCUGAUUGGAGGCUGGCCUACACUGAGAGCACGCCCAAGUCAACACAUAUCUAAAGGGGAAGCAACCAGGCUGGUCAACUCUGCUACAAAAAUCUUAGCUGCUUCUGAAGUUAUUCAAAACAUUGACCAUUCAAGAUUAAGGCUACCAUCUGAAGUUUCUGAGAGUAACUAUGGCCUUUAUCCUGGGGCUGUGGACUAUUCUUUGUUACAAUAUGAGCCAAUUGUUCGCAAGAAGAAUGGCUCUAAAAGAUCAAUUACUGCCAAGUUACCUAAUGAGUAUCAGACCAAAAAAAGUCAGUCAAGUAAAUAUAAGGCAUAUGAUGAUACACAUAAUAAAAAAAGGCACAGUCCAGUUUUCCGUCCAAACUCUCCAACACCUUCUCAAAGCUCGAGCUCAACUUACUCUUCAGUAAGUCACAGCAGGAGCUCGCGCAGUAGAACCAGCUCCCAAAGCAGAACAGCAAGAAGUAGAGAUAGUUCUGGUAGCAGUACAGCAAGAAGUAGAGAUAGUUCUGGUAGCAGUACAGCACAUAGUCGUGAUAGUUCCAGCAGCAGUACAGUACAAAGAAAAGAUAAACCUUCCACACCACCACCAUCAGCCAAGUUUCUGUCCAGGACUUUCAUCAAUUUGCCAGAGGUAAAUCAGCAAGAAGAAGUGGGGGUUGUUCAUUCUACUCAAACUGCAACAGAUGAAAAUGAAUUACAGAAUCAUGCUGACAAGAAUAGGCAAGAUAAAGCUCAGAAUUCAGAAAUUCAAGAUGGCCCCAUAUGUGAGUACCAGGUGCAUGUGCGCACUGGGAAUCGCUUGGGAGCAAGCACCAAAGCUCCCAUCAAGUUGAUUAUGUAUGGGGAGAAAGGCAGAACCAAAGAGUUUGUUUUGGCCAAAUCAAAGACCAACAAAAUUCCAUUCCAAAAGGGCAAGGAGGAUUUGUUUAUAAUUUCUACAUACCAUGUUGAUAGACUAAAACAAAUACAGAUAGGACAUGACAGACCAGAGUUGAAUUUUGCCUGGUAUCUGGAAGGAGUGACCAUCUACGACAUGUACAACAAGCAAAUCUUCCAAUUCCCUUGUGAGAUGUGGCUGUCUGGUCAGGAUGGAGACAAAAAGACAUACAAGAUCUUACAGGCAGAUCGUGAGAGAGACUUUAUUGAUGCCUUGGAUGACAGACUGGGGCCAACACCAAGAGACCAGGUGAAUUCCUCCGAGGAUUCUGAUCAUGUGGUUGCUGUAGAAAAACAGAAGAGAAGUAAAAAUGUCAGAAAGAAACAGCCGACAAAAACUUCGAGUGAGACAAGUUCCAGUGAAUCUGAUGGUGAGGGAGGGAGCAGUUCAUCAGGACCUCAGGUCAUUCACAGGGUGGACAAGAGAAAGGAGAAGAGGAGUGCGCAGAAGUCAGCACCCCCUGUCAGACAAGAUGUCGACCAGCCCCCACAGGUGAAGGGCCCAGUUAUCACACUCCACACCAGCCCAGGGGGUCAAAAGGUUGAUGAAAUCCACAUGGACAGUCAAGGACAAUCUGGCAAGGAUUACAGAGACACGGCUAGGUCAUCCAAAGACACGGCCAGAUCAUCCAGAGAUACAGAUAAUCUUGAUGGAAAUAAAUUUGAAGAAGACAAGAAGAGACAGAUUGACAGAGAGAGAGCUAUGGAAGCCGCUAUGAUGCACGGAAAGGGAAUUCAUGAAGCGGUGCGGACGGGUGACCUUGAGAGAGUUAAACACUUGCUUCAUCAGUACCCAGAGAUGAAAGACUUCAAAGAUGAAAAUGGCUGGACACCCCUCCAUCUGGCCGCUGGGCGGGGCAACAUUGAGGCACUGCGCUGGCUAGUUACCAGUGAUGCUGAGAUUGAUGCAGAAACACCCACAGGCCACAUGGCCAUGCACAUUGCUGCUCUUAAUGGCUAUGUCAACUGUAUGAUGCUUUUACAAGCCAUGGGAUCCUCUAUCUUACAUCUAACUAAAGAAAAACAAACAACAUUACAUUUGGCUGCCAAAAGUGGUCACCUGGAGUGUGUCAAGUGGUUGGUGGCCAACAGAGCCCAGCUGAACGCCGUGGAUAAGAACGGCCACACCGCCCUGAAGCUGGCAGAAGACAACCACCAGGAUGCCUGCGCUGAGUUCUUGAGGGUGUGCAUGAAAGAGCUGGCCAACCCUAAGAGCACUUUUGCUCAGAUUCACAGACAGUUAACAGGAAGUAGCCUCCCUCCCAUUGAAGAAGAUUCUAGUUCAGUCUCCAGUUCACCACAUUGGAAGGAUAAAAGAAGUGAAAGUUCUGGAGAUGAAAAUGAGAACACGAGGGAUAAAUCUAGAAAGCAUAUUAACCACCCUCAAGGAACCCAAGCCAAAGGAGUCUCUGUGAUACACGGACUGAGUCAGGAGGUCCAUUACUAGGAAGAUUAUGUAUUUUUAUUAGUUUUUAAAAUUGGUAACUAUUGUAUGGAACCCAUAAAAUUUUUGUCAAGAGGUCCAUUACUAGGAAGAUGAUGUGGUAUUUUAUUUUAAAAUAAAUAACAAUUGAAAUCCAUGAAACUUACUUUUGGAAUGCUGCCUCAAUUCUGUUGACAUGUAAAACAGCUGAAGUUCAAUGCCGUUAUCAGUCUUUCACAUGAGAUGAAUUGUUUACAAUUUAUUGCUACUAGCUAGGCUUUAAAAGCAGCUGACAGUGUACAUGAAAUCUCUCUCAGGGAGACUGUUUUAUUUUGUUGACGAAUUUCUGCUACAAAUCUUUAAACGUUGUGAACCCAAAGAAAUAUUCUAAAGAAAAUAAUCUACAAGUUUUAAUUUUAAAUAAGAUGUAUUAAAAUGUUCAAUACCUAUUUUAAUUUGUAAUAUCCAGAAUUUAAUAUAUUAUCAGAGAUUGUAUGGUUUUAUGUCAGAAAUGUCAUAAUUUAAUGUCAUUUCCUAAUGUCUUUAUUGAAUAUAAAUUAUUGCACAAAUUUUAAUUAUUUUUUGUGAAACCAUUUCCUAUGCAGAAGUUUUGUUUUUUCCACUAUUUUAUUCUCCCUGCUGAACAUGGUGUCUUUAUAUACCUAUUGUUCUAUACAUUUAAACAUAAAUUCAUUAAUAUUUUGUUCUCCUGCUAAUUUUACACCAGUAUCAACCUAUAUGAAAUUAUUUUGAGUAAAUUAAUUGUUAUAGAGCAUGUUAUUUUUAGUACCACUUAUUUAUAAUGUAACUGCAGUUGGCUGAAUGAUUAACCCUCAAUGUUUCUGUAUUUGUAGUCCAGUCCAGGACCAGUCACCUUUUUAAAAAGGAAUCCCUCACUAAAGUAUGCACGUGUGGUCAAUACUGCUGUACUCAAACACAUUUUUGUAACUUUAUAAAAAAAUGUGUUUCCCAUUCAACCUCAAAGCCAGUCAAAUGACCCCGCUCAAAGGGCUUUUAAACCGCUGUUAAAAGUCUCUUCCUUCUCAACAUAUGUUUGUUAUCAUUUUACUUAUUAUAAAGACCUCUUUUGAGAUUUUUCAUUUAUUAAAACAAAUUUAAAAGGUCUUUUUACACAGUUUUUUUUUUACUGCAAAGUGAACCUGUAUAAUAAACAACAAAACAAAUUAAAACAAGUUUGCUUGAACUGAUUGAAGGUGGAUAAAAACUAAACUCACAGCUAUUGGCUGUUUGAAUUUGAACAGUUCUGUGCUGCUCUAAGCUAGAAAUCUUAAAAUAUAUUUACUCUGUAUUCAAACAUAUUAAAGGCUAGUUGAACUUCUGACAGUAGAUGGCUAAUAUCUAUGGUAUCAGAAAUGUUUAGAUGGCUAAUAUCUAUGGUAUCAGAAAUGUUUAGAUGGCUAAUAUCUAUGGUAUCUGAAAUGUUUGUGCCUUAAUAAGUUAAUAUGCCAAGCUUACUAGCGUAACCUGGAAUGAGAUGGUAUGAAAUAAAUAAAUUUAUUACGUGAUAUACACCUCCCUACUUGAUGCUGUAAACUGAAGUGAAAUGGUAUAAAAAUAAAACAUAUACCUGUUACACAAUACAAGCUGGAUUGAGAACAUGUAAAUUAAUUUUAAAAAUGUUUUCCAAUGGCUUUUCAGUUUGAGAAACAUGAAAAUAGUAGCUAUGCACAUGAUUGUACUAUCUGAAAUCAGUUGACAACUUAAGCAAUAUCUAAGUUCAUGUUGUAAAUGUCAAGGAUCAUUGAGUUCCAUUAUUGGGAUUAAAAACUGUCUUAAUAAGUUAAUUUUACAUGUGUAGAUAAAUAUAUUGUAUCUGUGAUAAUGAUAAACACUUUUUGUUGCAGGGAAAUUAAAACCUUGAUA